AUGGCGCAAAAACUUGAACGUGCUCAUCUGGGCCCUGAACCCAAAAGAAAAUAUGUGGAGGAGAUACAAAACAUUCUCAUGCAGAUUCAAGUUCGGUCCGCGACGAAUCAUUUUCCGCUCCAGAAGCCACUCCCAAUGCCGGCACCAAACCGUCUGCCCCUUGAGAUUGUGGAGUCCAUUAUAGCAAUGGUGGAGUACCAGCCAUGCGUUGUCACAAGACGGUCCGAGGAGCGCACAUACAGGGCUCUCCACUGGAGGGGUUCCCGCACCUUCGCGGCACUAUAUCUGACGACAGAACCGCUGCCGCGGAAAUUUGACGUCGCAUCGCGGAUGACACUGCAGAUGCGCGCCGCCGAACAGAACUGGGCGAGGAUGAUGACCGGCGACGGGACGUCCGACGACAGCCGUAGCUGGUUUGAGGUGUGCAUUCUGCGUCGCCUACCGUAUUCCUCGUCGUUCCACCUGGGCCCUCUUGAACAAUUUUUGACGUGGACCUACCGCACGCCGCUGUAUGCAUGGGAAGACCUUUCGUCUUUGGGCUGGCGAAUGGUCCCGUAUGAGGGCAACUUCACUUUUAGGGUGCCUCGAAGUCGCACGAAAGUUUCAGGUUGGGACACCUAUCAAGCCGACUGGAAAGCCGGACCUAAACCAUGUGAAGAGUGUGAGCAUGACGACGAUGCACUCGUCGUUGGCAUAUUGAAACGGAUCAAGCAACAAUAUAACAAGCACCCUGCUGCGGUGAAAAGUCCCGAUCCCAAUCCGGCUGUGAAGUCAUUUUUUCGCCGACCAAGUUUUCAAAUUCAUACCCAAGAGGCAAGUGCCGCACGUAAAUACCUGCGCAAGAUGGGCAACACAUUCUCCUCCACACGCUCCGGCAAUAACAGCCGCCCCUCAAGAAGAGAAACCGAGACACCCCAGCUAGAGCCCGCGCACAAAGGAUUCAACCCAACCCGCCAGGACAUCCAAAUCGCAACCCACAUCCUCAUGGGCCUCCGGCUCCAGGCCGCGCCAGGCCACCUGCCCUCCGAGCUGGCGCUCUCCAUCCUGGCCCACGCCGACUACCGCCCCCGCGUCACGAGCAGCCAGGUGGGGCCCAUGUCCUACACCUCCGGGGGCGGCCGGCCCUGGUACCUGAUGGCGCCGGGGCUGCCGCGGGACUUUGCCCGCGCGACCUCCGUCACGCUGCAGGUGCGCGGCUGCGAGGUCCGCCGGAUCGGCCCGGCGGAACCGUACUACCACUACCCCGGCGACAGCGACGACGACUUGACGGACGAGGGGGACCGUCGCCGGCGCGGCAGCACCUGGUUCAAGCUGCUCAUCCUGCGGGCUGUGCGCAGGGCCCCCACUAACCCGCCGGUAAAUGGAUAUGUCGUCCACGGGUGCGUGGCCCGGCGGGUGCCUGAGCCUGGGUCGCAGAGGACGCCGUCGCCGAGGAGGCGCUGCGACUCGGAAGACUCGGGCGACUGGCAAGGGGAUCCGGACUUCAGGGUGGGGGACGAGUGGAUGGCGGUCAGGCACCAUGAUAGGGUGGUUUGGGUGAUACCUAACCACAGCAGCAGAAGAGUAUCAGAUGAUCUACCGUCAGAAUUGAGUGGGGAGCAGUUCGAUGAGGGCCCCACGGCAGAGGUUGUUCGCCCUCGAUGUCGCGAAACUUACCGUCGAGUUGACUGGCCACCGGACAACAACCCUGAAAUUCAAGAUCCGGAAGCCUUUGUAGACGGCGGGGGUUUCUUGUCUUCGUUGAUGCCCGGGGACAAGAUAGUCUUGUCGGCUGGGGUGGAGCCUACCGAAGAGGAACCCGUGGCGAUGUUCACGAUCAAGGAGGCUAUUCUGGAGAUAGUGUAUGAUGCCAUGGUUUAGUCUCUCUUACGUGUCGUGCGACGGGGAGUGUGCACACCAAGCAGGCAGACCCGACUGAAGAGUAGCCCACAUCCCAAAGUGCAAACAGAACCAACGCAUGAUGCCACAGAACGAAAUUAAUAAAAUUAGAACAACUACUACACAAUGCUAAACACCAUUUACCCAUGCCAUGUGCUUACCGCAUGCUAUGCACAACCAAGAUCUGAAUCCUCCCUCACACACACUCCCAGAAGAAAAUGACGAAUACCUCCCCGAUGCUUGCUUUUCACCUGCCCUGACACUCACGAACUCCCCAGAAUACUACUGUAGGCAUCCUCCACCUCCCCAGCGAGCUCCAACAGGCUCACGAUGACAAUCUGGUGCGUCAGGUUGGGGAGGCGGUCGCGGUGCAGGCCGAUCCACUCGAGCGGCGGCGUCGCCUCGCCCAUGUCGCGCAGCUGCGGCGUCUCGAUGACGGGCGGCUCGAGCGCGUUGUACUCGUACUUGGACUGCGGGAGGUCCACCUCGGCCGUGAUCUUGCCCUGGCCCUGCGCCGUCUUCUUGCCGCCGCCCUCUUCCUUCUCCUGCUCCUGCUGCGAGGCGUCAGCCGGCGCAGGGGAGGACUGCUUCUGCGGCUCGGGGAGCACGCCCGUGACCUUGAUGGCGGAGGGCAGCACGACCUCUCUGCCGUAGGCCUGCGCGAGGGUCUUUGUGUGGUUCGCCCACAUGCCGCGGAUGUACGAGAUGCGGCUGUAGUUCCACCCCACCUCGACCUUGCCCUCGAACGCGCUCUUGAAGAUGUAGUCGAUGUGCCGCGACUGCGGGCUCUGCCACGUCUGCAUCACCGCCUCCACCUUGGGCACCUUGAGGAUCGUCCCGCCCCGGGACCCCGUCGCCGACGCGGUCACGUCCUCGACCGUCAGCUCGCUCAGCGCCUUGGGCGCCUCCAUCGUCCGCACCCCGGCGAGCCCGAUCCGCAGCUGGCCUAGCGUGAGGCCCAGGAUGCUGUGCACGCGCCGGUCGUCGAUCGACGCGGCGAAGCGGGCCUGCGCGUUGAGCGCUUCCAUCUUGAACACCUGGUGGUCCGAGAAGGUGGUGGGGAAGAUGCCGAGGUUGAGCGCCUUGAGCGUUACCACGACAUCGGUGUCGAGCGAGAUGGGCGCUUUCGCCAGGACGUCAUCGCCUUGGGCUUUGGAGAUGGACGGUCUCUGGACCGCCACGAUGCUGGAAGCGAUUGACCCUCUCUUCAUGAACUUCUCGAUCUCCUUGAGUGAUGUCUGGAAGCUGGCCUUGCGCUCUGCCACGAGUUUGGUAAACGCUUGGUACAGAGCCACUCCUUGCGCAGCAGACGUGGUGGUUCCGAAGAUUUGCACCGCCUCUCCGUCGAAGGUCGCCACGAGACGGUCCCCGCUGCCCUCCUGGGCUCUUCUGACAUUGUACAUGAGAAACUUCAUUGAUGUUAUGUCCGCAACGAGGAAGGCCUGGUAGUCAAAGGCGGCCUUGAUUCGGAACUGACUGAAGGUGACCGAAGCCUGGAUCAUGGGCGUCUCGUUGAGGGCUUGCUCUCUGUGCGGCCACUGGAUUGCAGUCCGUAGCUUGAAUUCCCGCAUUGCCACGAAACCGCUCAUGCGGCCCUGACUGUCCACCCCGAUCCUUUCAAAACCUAGGCAGAGAUUUUGCUCCCAGUCUGAGGAUUUCUUGGACGAGACCCAGAACUCGUUGAUGGCAAACUUCGACUUGCCUAUCGCUUGGCCGAGAUCAACAUUUAUCACCAGAGCAGACAUAGAUACGGUAGCGGUCCAGGGGAAAGCCGCUGUUGCAGCCACCUGCUGAUAUCUCUGCACCAGAUGCCCCUGCGGUCCUUGAGACGUCUCCGUCUGAAGCUUAGCCAUCGGAUUCGUCGAAGUCUGUCGGACGUCGCGUGGUAUCCAGAUCUCCCUGAAGAGCAGGAAGUCCUGAAGCUGCUUUGCGUUGACAGAAACCUCCAUAGGACUGAGCUUGAGGAUGGCUGACACACCACUGGUGCCACUGACAUGCUUGCUGUUCAUCAGUGACAACACAAUCGAGUCCACGUUGAAUUGACCUGUCUCUUCCCGGGAGUAUACAUGACGGACAGAGGCGUGCAGGUUGGCUAUUGCUCCGGACAUGGCGAAGAAGUUGCCUUGAUCAGCAGAAGCAACGGUAUUGACUGUGAAGUACAUGUCGUCGAACCCAGCUGACGCCGCCACGCGUGCGAUGGGUUGACAGCUCAGCGUAAAUUCUUGCUUGCAAAUACGCAAGCCCAAAUUCACCUUGAGCCGGCCAAUGACAGCACUAGGGUCUAGCAGGUAGUCCUCCUGGGCAGCCUUGGUCUUAGCCAGAGCUUGCUGCGGCUCUACCGCCUUGGCUGGCUCAUUUGCGAGGACCUCUUUGAUGCUGGACGUCAUGUCCAGCACCAGAGGAACGAAAGAUGGGUACAGCGUAUUGCUUGAGGCGUCGAUCUUGAUUUCGCCGUACAGAGAGGGGUCCUCGUUGCCGGGGUCCCUGUACUCGACCUUGAACGCAACGCCGGGGGACUUCAACACUGUGCUGCUGCCAGUGUCGUCGGCAGUAAAUUGCCCAUACUUCCCAGCAAGUCCAGCACGCGUCGCCCUCGAUGAGCGAGACGCGUCAUCGGCUUCCUUCUUAGCUGCCAAGUAAACAACCGCUCCGGCGAAGUCAGCAUCGACGAGGAACGAUUCCAUCCUCUUGUUCCCGAACAAAGUCUUUCUUGGCUCCAGUGGCUUCUCCGCUGAUGCCGCUGCCUGACUAGGUCUCCGGGGUGGAUUCCAGUGCUCUGAGGCUUUUCGCACAUUUUUGACGGACAGGUUGAUGGAGUCAGCGACGUUAGAAACUGGUAUGACGAAUCCAGAUGUGAGGCGUAGGUUAAGAGACUUGCCAACAGCCUGAAAGGCCAUGCGGCGAGUGUUCGAUGUGGAUACAUAAGCCACAUUGAAAACCACCUCAGGCAUCAGGGCCGAGUUAGCAGACCGCAAUCUCUCGUCCUGGCCAAUUGGAACCGUCUGCACUUGGAAGUUCUCGAUUGUGAGUCUGGCGGAAUUCCUUGUGCGGGUGCCCAGCUCGAUCUUGUCCCACGUGAAAACCAGGUCCUCCUUGCCCUCCACGGGUUCUUCAGUGCCGGUCAGGACGAGCCAGCGGAUUUGCAUUUUCCGAAUCUCAAAGUUGUACCUGAUUGUGGAGAGGAAGGAGUCGAGGAAAUCUGUUUCGACCGAUCCCUCGUCGUCGUUUAUGGUGAUCUUGGGUUUGGUCUGCCUCAGCUUGCGCAAAAGUUCAAGCUCUCGGGAUGUGUCAAGGUCCUUGAUCUUGUCGCCCAUGUACCCGAGGACAUCGACAGCCGUGGAGAUGGUCUCAGGUGAGAGAAUCACAUCAAAUCCAUCAGUAGCAACGUUGAAAUGUCUCUGCUCAGACCCGUCCUCCGCAGCCGUGGAGGUCGCCGUGAUUAGCGCCCCAAACGCCAACCGGCCACAGGUUCGAACGUCGUCCUCUGUGCCUCUGGCUAUCUCCAUUUCUAUCUGCCGCAGGUUCACGUGGACCUCUGGGAAGUCAAGGACAGGCCUAUGAGGCUCUGGUCGAUUGGCCACCCGCAAGUGCACUCCACCCAGAUGGAACAGAAUGUGGGCCAAUGGCUCCGCAUCCGACUUCAAGGGUGAGUUUCCGAAGAUCUCGAGACCCUCGCAUGUGAGAUGGGCUCCAUAAACCAGGGGCUUCUUGGGCUCGUCUGGCGACAUAUUAUCCAUCAGCGGAGAAGGCGAUCGUUGGUCAGAGUCGAAGCUCUCCCGAAUAUGUCCUUGGAUGAGCUGCACUUGUUCUUGGAUGUCAUUCACCGAGCUUGAUAUCUCGGGGCGAUUGAGGGCACUGAGCAAGCUGUAGACUGCAGAAGCGUCAAGCUGGAUGAGCUCAAUCGACGCAAAGGUAGUGACAGUGGUCUCAGACUCGUCCAUCACUGUCUUUACCCGUCCGUUCGUGGGGGGUAUUUGAAGAAGUGACAAAGACCGCGGCUUGUUGUUAACUACAAUUUGAAUCUCGUGAGAGUUCUCCUUGACAUCGAAAUCGAAGAUAACCUCCUUGCCAAAGUUAGCUGCCAUAGCAGCACGAGCCACGACACCGGAGAUACGAUACGUCAAGGACUGUAGAAGAGGAACGCUGAUGUAAUACUCGUCAAGGAACAUUGCAAGGUUCACUCUGAAAGAAGACAGCCUGUCCUUGAUCUUUGGCUGCGGAUGUUUGGCCUUCGGUGACGACGAAGAUGGUAUGUGGUUUUUCAACCGAUAUAGCUGUGCUGCUUCAUCCUUGAUCAACAGGUCGAGGACUUCCAGCAGACCGAUUGGGUCUUGCUGGACCGCAAACGAAAGCUUCUUGCUGCUGGCCGAGGCCUUGAUAAUGUGGGAGUCAGUAGUCUCUGUGGCCUGCAACGUAUGAGAAGCGAUCAGGGCCGGAUCACGCAGCUGGAAGACACCGAGGACUUGGGUGUGGCUGCGCAGGCGCGACGUGAAGGCUUCACAGCUGAGAACAAAGUCUGUAUCGGUGACGUCUUUCGAAUCGUGCCGAAUAAGCAGGGACCCUUUCAUGCCAUCGGCGAGGGACACAGAAUUUAGGUUGAUGGCAUCGAAUGCCAUUUCGCCGCGGCCGAUUGACAUAACGACAUGAAGAGACUUGCUGGUCGACUUCGCAGGAGUUUUGCCGGUUUCUUCGGCUCGAGCUUCUUUCUGGGUUUGCAGCCUGGCGAAAAGCCUCAGAACAUCCUCUGCAAGCUCGCAAAGGUCCCAGUUCAGUCUGAUCGCGCCUUCACCGCAGUAGACAUUGAGCAUGGUCAGGGGGGAAGCCUCACUGCGGGAUUCUGGGCUGGAGUGAGAGCUCAAGACGUUCCCGUCCUGGAAUCUGGCAGUGACAUCGGUGAGGACGAUCUCAUUCUGUUUCGGGCCAGGAUCGAGUACGAAUCGCGUAUCUCGGAGGCGCACAACAGCAAGGAAUGCCAGGUCUGGUCUGGACGAAGCUGGCUUUGCGCUUGCAUCCUUGCCAAAAACGUUCUGUAUGAGCUCCGAAUUGUUUAUGCUGCCAAGAUCCCAAUUCCGCCAACGUUCGAAGGCAUGCACGACUUGCUGCCGGACAUCGGCAGGGAACUCGAAUUCAGAUCCCAUGCAUUCGAUCUUCAGGCGCUCCUUGUUGUUCGGGUUCAGCGUUGUCCACAUCUGCCUCAGCCGGGCGAUCAGCUUCCAUGAGUCGAAGGUCCGUAAAUGUUGCUUGGCAGAUCGCAGAACAGCUGAAGGUCGGAUCAAGAAUAUCGGAUCAAUUGAAUCAUGUCCCUCAGUCACAAGCUUGUAGGUCAGAUACCUAAUAAGCCUACUUUCGCGAGCGAGUGUAGGCUUGAACAUCUUCUCCAACUCUGUCGCCAAUGCAGUGGUCCGGUGAAUCAGAGCUGCGAGAUACUCGAUCUUUUCUGAUGAAAGGCUGCUUGUUAUGCUGCCAACUUCACCGUCGAGAUAGGUCAUGUCUUUGGUACCCAUAGAAAUAAUAACAUUUUCAACUUGUGCCUUUAAUGCCGCAUGCGUGUCAAGGUGUACCGCGAGACGCUCAGCCGCUGACAGCUCCAGGACACCGAGCCUGACAUGGAAUGAGCUUUUUUCCUGGACGGUGGUCAGGUCAAAAGGGUCCUCCCAUGAGCUCUGAGUCCGUGUCGUGAGUACGAGGUCGCCCACAUGAGCGUCGUAUUGGUCUUGCUCCUCUUGCGGCGGUUCCGAGGAGUCCAAUUCGGAGGCAUUGACGAAUCUGAUGUUCGCCUUGGGUAUCCUCAGCAUCAGAUCGCUGACUUUCCCUCGCAUCUUCUUCUUGCUUUGUUUGGAGAAAAUGUCGCCCAUUGCGUCGACUUGCAAGGAAUCGAGUAUGUCCUCCGGGUCUGAAGGUUGCAGCGCAGAUAGAAGUGAUGAGAUGUUCUUGACAGCGAUCGGGUUUAGGAAAGCCGUCAACCCGGCGGGCAGUUCCACCAUCACACUGGAGUACGCGCUGUCCUCUUUCAUAUUGUUUGGGUCAACAUCCCCUAGGUCGAAGGCCGUGGCUGAUCCCGCGGAAGCUUCCUCGGCCGUCUCGAUGCUGGAAUCCAGAGUCUCCACGAUAUCCGGUUGAAUUGUCUCGAGAGGGAAGUAUGGCGCAAAGUAUUGACUGGAGAAAGCCACCGUGUUGUGCACCUGGUCUCUCCUGUCGGAGGCUUCUGCGUAUGCACUGUAAAAUGCCGAGUGACGACCGGUGGACGCAGAAGGAUCUCUACGGUGUAGGCUCUGCUGCCCAAUCGCUGUCAGAGGCCUGAGCCCCUCAGGUAGUCUGGAGUGGCGUGAAGACUGCCGCGAACUCAACGGUCUUUUGAUGCUGCUCUGACUUGAACUUGAUGUGCUAAGGAACGAUGAUUUGUGCUUGAGACCCACGAAGUGUUGCGAUGUGUCGCUGGACAUCAAAGACUCGUUGUCGUAUGGCACAUCCUCCUCGGUCGUGGGUUGCGGGACCGGUGGCACAGGCUGAGCCAUGGGGUCGAUUUGUUCCGGGUUGAAGGCGCCGAGGAGACCCGGAAGGAGGAGGAAAGGCGUUCGCAAGCUCCUCUGGUCUUCACGCCUGAUGAGCUCUUGUUGAAGUCUGCGCUCAUUGGAGAAGUCGGACUUCCGUGCUAUGGUGGCCAGGUGAACGCUCGUUCGGACCAGGAGAUUUGUCUCGACUGUAUCAUAAGACCUUGUUCUUUGCCGAGACGCGGACUCUGCAUUUACACACGACAGCUGCACGUCCGGUAUCUUGACAUUGGCUCGCUUCGAGUAGUGCGAUCUCGCCCAGUCAUUAAAGUUGACGUCAAUGGAGCCGGUGGAAAAAAGGAAGGCGGCUUCCUCAACGUGAAGCCACAAUCGGACAGAAAGCAAAGAAACUCGCAAAAACGUCACGUCGUACAGGAUGACCGAAGCGGGAGGGGCCAAUGCAUUCUCGUCGUCGUCGAAGCUCAGGCCGAAGGCUUUGCCUCCUCUCAUGAGGGCCGUGAGGAAGUCGGCGGUACACUCUCCAGUGACCGCGCCUAUGCCUAGAUCCCAGUUGCAGAGAUAGGUUGGUUCUGUUGGCGGUAGUCCAAAUACACGGUGUCCAUAGACGUUGAUGCCAUCGAUGAAUAGUUGAGUAGUGGCCGUGGCACUGAGAGGUGUCUCCUGACCGCUUUCUCCAUGUCCCAGCGACAAGUGGAGCGGGCUGAUAACCAAAUCCAAGUCCAUAUAGUAAUUCGUGAACCGCAGAUCUGCUGAAAUUUGCGGCCCAUCGAUCUGCACAUUGUUCUCCGAGGAGUAUAAAUUGGCAGGCAAGAAAAUCUUGGGGUCAUCGAGCCUGACGCUCAACAUGACAUCCAUGUCAUUGGACUUCUUGAACGGGGCCUUCACCCCGAGGUCUGCGUCAGGGUUUUUCUGCUUCGCAUCAAGUAUGUCCUGAAAUUCCUCCAAGGUCUUGAAGUGUACGUCGUCACCAAAGUAAUUGUCCUUCAAUUUCAUGACAUAUCUAAUCACAAAACCAUAGAGGUGGACGACGGGAGACUGCCCAUUUACGUUGACCACGAGCGUAUCCGUCAAUGAUGGAGAUGUUCCAGCGUUGUAAUGAUACUGGCCAUCAACAACUAGGUUUUCCAGUCUUGCAAGGUCCAUGGAUUUGACAAAGCUUGCUUGCGUGUUCCAUGGCGGAACGUGCAAGCUGAGGAAAGCCUCAUCGGCGCGGACAUCGAAAGGGAUCAUGCUUCGUGAAGGCCGAAACUUGUCGAGCGAAAUACACGUGCUCGAUUCGAGAAGAGGGCUCUUGACAAUUAUAUAUGCAUUGUCUUCGAGGUCUGUCGGCUUGUUGAUGAUGUUUCCGUCGUUAACAUUGAGGUAGAGCUUGAGGUUCGAGAAAUGGAGGUCCAGGAAGUACUUGAAAGGUGUGAAGACGAGAUAAUCGGCAGGCGGCCCACUUGACCAGUCAUUGAUGAGAUCUGUCAGGAGAAAGAUGUGGUCCCUGAGGAUAAACAGCUCUAGGGCGUCGGUGGCUAUAUCGAAGCGCCAUUGGCGAAGCGAAUUCCACUUGAGGGGUGUGGAGAGGUCACAGGAAAUGCGCUGCUUGCCAGAUCGCCAAAGAAGUUCGUGGUUGAUGCUGCUUGUAAUCUCGGUCUUAGGGAAGUCGAGGUCAAGAGAGCUGGUGAAUCCAUGGGAAUGCGCGACCAUGUCCAUCGAGUACGAUAUCGUGGCAUUAGAGGCAAUCUUAACAUCAAGCCAUCCGUGUUGACGCUCGAAACCACCUGUGGCACCUUGGUCAUUCUGCUUAAGCCGAUUCCUCGCGCUGCGCUUGUCACGGUCCUUGUCGGUUCGUAUAGGAGGCUCUUGGCCUCUGAACUUCCAGUUCUUCGACUCCUCCCGGAUCGGUACUCGGAGGGUCACGUCAUCGUCGAGUUCAACAUACAAUUUGAACUGAGUAGGAACCCUGUUGGCCCCUAUUGGAAGCUUCUCAGCUGGUUGGGAGUCCUUGCACAACCCCGGGAAGAACACCCGUUGCAAUUCCGCACGGUGGCGAUCCGCCCAUGGUCCGUAAUUAACGAAACCGCCUUUGAUUGACAAGUUAAUUCCCCAGGCAGGUGGUUCAUCACCGUUGAUAUUGUCACCGUCCUCAGACCGUGUUGCCUUUUCGACGGUGCCGGGUCGACGAGGUGCAACGAGGGUCGGGGUGUCCCAAAAGAUGGUGAUGGUUGCUUCUGGCGUGUCCAUAAUGGUAUUCACAGCAGCAUAUUCCACGCCAGCCCAUCGCAACUGUUCAUUUCGCUCAAGGUCAUCCAAGUAUCUCGAGAGACCUUGCCAAUGGUUGGACCCGGGGGUUUGUCUGUCGGCAGUAGCAAGAGGGCUACGCUCUCCUGGGGAGAAUGACUCGACGGAUGAUCUCCAAAAGGGGACCAGAUGCCGCAGCUGAGAAAUAGCCUUGCG